AGAAAUCCAUUCAUCCUCCCUUCGAUCUGCACAGCACUGACAAAAGCAAGUUGCAAUGUCUUCCUCGCAAAAGUUAACCAAGAAACAGAAGAAAUCCAUUGUUUUCCGUGAACGCAAGUCUCGCAAAAAUGUUCACGGCCAUGCGCAUAGAAUGGACGCUGACAACGUUCCUAUCUUGGAAAUCCAGGACGACGUUGAUGGCGAGGAUGACCAGGUGGAGGAUGAAGGGGUAGGUAAGGGAAAGAAUGAAAAGGUGAGCCACAGAGGCCAGGCGAGAGCAAAGGAUGAAGAUGGUGAAGGCGAAGCUCGGGAGAGGAAAAAGAGGAAGCGGGGGGUGGACGAUGAUGGAGAAGGGACAGAAGAAGAGAGCGUCGAGGUGGUCCAGAAGAAGAAGCAGAAGAAGAAGGCCGUUACGGAGGAUACCAAGCAACGUUUUCUUCUCUUCGUCGGUAACCUCAAAUAUACGACGUCCUUACAUACGAUAAGAGCGCAUUUCGCUGCCUGCGACCCACCGCCAAGUGUCCGUUUACUUACGCCAAAAGCCACGGCAGGAAAGUUGAUAGCAAAAUCCAAAGGUUGCGCGUUUCUUGAAUUCACACAUCGAAACGCAUUGCAGCAGGCACUCAAACUACAUCAGUCUCAACUAGACGGCCGUUUGAUUAAUGUGGAGCUUACAGCAGGAGGUGGCGGAAAGGGAGAAGCGAGGAUACAAAAGGUGAAGGAAAGAAACAGGGAACUUCACGGUCAAAGAAAAGAGAAGCUGGAAAAGCAAACCAAAGACGGGGCACUCGUAUCGACAACAGCACGACCUCAACGGUAUUCUGCAACAUCUGGGGUGGAUCAAGUGCCGUCUAAGAAGCGAACAUGGACAAUUGACGAUGCGGUGGAGAAUGAAACACACCGUGGGGGCGUCAAGCAUGGCAAGAGUAGACAACCACGAGGAGGAAAGGCCUGGGGAACUGGGGUCAAUGCUAUACCUGUUGGUUAGCCAGCACUGCUCUCGGGGUAUUGUAUUAAUAUAAGCGCAUCUCUAUCCACGUUAUGCAUAUAGGCGCAUAAUUUACUGUCCAUAGAAUAUACAGGUACCCGCCCUGCAUGGCGAUCCUCAUGACACCAGAAUGAAGA